UUCAAACAGGUGUUCACUCUGCCGCCCAAAGGUGUUCACUCGGUUUCAUUUGACACUUGCGAGAUGUAAACUAUCCUUUCGACACUAAGGCUGUGGUCGUGAGAGAGAGGAAGAGAUUAGGAGAUAAGAAAUAUGAGAUAAGAAGAAGAGAUAAAAGCAAAAUGAUGCGUCGACGUUUCCCAAAAUUCUUCGUCCUCUUCGCCCUAUUUCUCUGGACCGUCAAAAUCCUCCACUCCAAGAAGGAAAAGCUCUCGCCCCUGAACCGACGCCUGCAGGAGGUCGUCCUCGAGGGCAAGAGAGCGUGGGAAUUCGAGGAUUACUUGGGUGAGGAGGACGAGGAGGAGGCGAAGAAUUAUGAGGAGGAGGCGAAGGAUUAUGAAGGAGGUCGAGGCGAAAAUCGAUCGCCUGAACCUUCAUACAGAGACGUAAAACUAAACGAGAAUGGGACAACGCGAGCUCUUUGGCCAGACGACGAAGUGGAGAUCUGCUCGAGGAUGGACGUGAGAUUCGCCGUCGGGAUGAGGGGCAGCAUCCUCCACUCCUUCCCUCGGUCCGGCAACACGUGGGUCCGAUAUCUCCUGGAAGCCGCGUCGGGAGUCUUCACCAGCUCCGUCUACACCGAUAGGACUCUUGUUGCAGCAGGAUACUUGGGCGAGCGACAUAAGCUGGGCUGGCGGACAACGCUGGCCACAAAAUCCCACUUUAUCAAACACUUACAAAAGUACAAGAACAUACCCACCGUUACUAUUAUUCGAAAUCCCGCCAGGGUGUUCGUAUCCCUGUGGAGUUACGUGAACCUGAAGAACCGACGCCGAAAACACGUGGAGAGCGUAGCCGAGUCAAGCCUUCGGACGCAGGAAUUUCACGAUUUCGUCCAUUCGAAACUUCGGAAGUGGCUGAACACGACGCUAUUUUCAUUAACCCAGUGCAGAGACGUCUUUCCUGUUUUCUAUGAGUCCGUGCGCGAGGAUCCUGUAGGGGAGACUCGCCGAAUUCUCGAGUUCCUGAAGGUAAAGCCCCAGGAGGACAGACUCGCUUGUCUAGGGCGUCACGUCAGCGGGAACGUGAAGGGGGCGCAGAAGAGCCUCGAUCCUUACACGGAGGAGGAGAAGGAGCUCUUCCUGCAGGCGCUGAAGAAGGUGAACGAGACAUUGGUGCAGAGGGGUUUCCGAACUCUACCGGAUUACUCGAAAUACAAAAGCUAGGAAAUUUUUUUUUUUUUUAGAAAUAAAUUCACAACACCAAAUGAAGAGCCAUGUAUAUACUUAUUGGUCCAUGUGUAUUGCAUGAGGGUUUGCGUGUGUGUGUGUGUGUGUGUGUGUGUGUGUGUGUGUGUGUGUGUGUGUGUGUGUGUGUGUCUGUGUAUGUGUGUGUGUGUGUGUGUGUGUGUGUUAUUGACUCUGUAAUAACGACCCUAAUCUCUUUCUUUAUGUUUCUGUUCCUCUAAUUACAUUUAUAUUAUGUUCCUAUUUUGUUUUUGUGAAGGCAAUUCUGUUUUUUUUUUAUUAUUCUUUACUAGUAACCUUUGGAUAGUGUUCCAAGCCGACGUCAAUUAUAAAUGGUAUGAGA